AGGCACUCUGUGACAUCAGGCAGAAUGGUGGCACCAGGCAGUGAGCUUAGUGACAGGUGCAGCUGCCUGGGUAUGCCUCAGGCUACCAGGAUAAUUAAUUGACCAGUGGUGUCAGCCAAGGAGGGGAUGGAGUCCCACAAGCCACUGAAGUCUGACAGCCUUGUAGCCAAUGAGGAGCAGCAGCCACCACAGCAUGGCUUGGAAGAAGCUGCCAGCUCCAGAGAUGUGAUGGCCCUCAAGAAGUCCUCCACACCAAGCAGGACCUCUGUGUCCAGUAGAGCCUCCAAAUCCAGCAGGACCUCUGUGUCCAGCAGGAUUUCUGUAUCCAGCAGAACUUCCACAUCCAGCAGGACCUCCAUAGCUAGCAGGACCUCCAAGAGGUCUAUCCAGCAGUGCGUGAUCCUGAUGGCUGAGACGUACCCGCCCAGGCAGGAGGUGCGCAGGACAGGCAUGCCAAAAGUGGAUAAAGCAAUUCAGACCCCCCGGUCCUUUGAUGCAUCACUCAACAAACGGCGCACUCGGCUCAAGAAGAAAAUUAAAAGCAAAGAUGUGAGCAACAACCAGGAUCAGCUGCAAGCCUCAAGGGACAGCAGUGCCAUGGAGAUCUUUCCCCAAGCAGAGGGGCACAGGACUCCCAGCCCCCCCGAGGUCACACCCCAGCACAGGAGGAGCAAAGUCUCAUCCAACACAUGCGUGAAUGCUGAUGAGGAAGGAUGGGAGGACCAGGCUGUGCUGGAGGUGGAAGGGUAUGAGGCUGAUGUUCACAGCCCAGGCACCGCCAUGGGGGACAGCCAGGGAAUCUGCCCUGCAGAGGAGGAGAUGCAGAAGGGGCUGGAACACACUCAGGCUCACGAAGGCAGAGAGGUGAAACCAAGCCCACUUCUGGAGGCUGACGGAAGCUUUCACAAGGAAGGGGAUGCAGCCAGCAGUCAGGACCCCAACUCCAGUGUGGGCACUGGUGAGGUCAUCUCAGCCAGAGAGGAGCUGCAGCAGAUCAUCAGACACACUGCAGAGGACACAGACUUCAGGCAUAGUCAGGGCUCUGACCCUGCAGAGGAGCUGGAUCCUGCUGCUGUGAAUGCAUCUCUUGUAGGAGAUGAGGAAAACAUUCGAGACCUUGAUUUCACCCUGGACCCCACAGCCAGCAAGGUUCACCUGAGCAGCCAGGAGAUGCAUGAAGCCUUGAGACACAUGGAAGGUGCUGUGAACAGGAAUCUGAGUAAAUCCAUGAAGGCGGUGAGGAAGGUCCAGCAAACACCCAUGGGAGAAGAGGACAAGGAUGAUGUCAGUAGUGAGGGUUCCAUCCUGGCUGCCCUGAGCGUCCACUCAGCCCUGGAGGAGCUGAAAGAGGCACAAGUGGAUGAGAAAGUUGCUCUUGCUCUUGGCCAUGUUCCCCAAACCCGUGUAGCAACAGAGCUUCCACCAAAGAAGAAGGUGUUAAAUCCCCUCAAAAUAGAUACAGCCAGUGAACUCCCAGAGAUCCCUCAGACAAGUGUUGAGAGUGAAGCAGUGAAGAACAUGACAAAGAAACAGCAGAAAGCAUUCUUCGAUGCUUUCAACUUCUUCCCCAAAGACCUGGAUGGCAAUAUUAACCUUCAGAACCUGGAGGUGCUUGCUAAGCAGCUGGGAAUUAGCUUUGAUGGGCAAGAGGCACAAAAGAAGCUGGUGUGUGCGGAUGCUGAUGGAGACAAAGCAAUGAAUUUCUCUGACUUUCUGACCUUCAUUACUGACAAGAAUUGUUUUAUCCAGACAGUAUUCCCUGACAAAAACGACUCGGGCAACUUCGAUCAUGUCGAUGCCAGAGGAAUCCUCCUCCUCAAAGUUUUGCUGAAGCUAGUGGAGUUGGAAGCUCUGCCCCAGAGAACUCUAUUUCAGAUUUCCAGUUACUACCAGCAGAAGUUUAGGGACUGCACUAGUGAGAAAGCCUGGACAUAUGCUGAUUUCUUCAUGAGUCACGAAAAGAACAAGAAAAACAGGAAAGUUCUGGUUUAUCCUUUAUCUUCCUAUCUAAGUGCUGCCCGCAUCUCAAUGAUGAAGGAAAGAGAGGCAACAGCUUAUUUGGAACAACUCAAAGAACACGUGUCCAAUUCAGAGAGCCCCUAUGCUCAGGUACCUGUCUUCCCACUGAUUUCUAAACAAGAUGCAAAGACAUUGGUGAAGCCAAAAAAAGACAUGCAAAAGCAGACAAGGCAGAGAAAGAAAGAGCUGGUAUCUUCAAAGGAGAUCCAUUUCAGCAUUAAGAAAAAACAGGUUCAGGAGGCUGUAGCCAAGGCUUCUGGUCAGAGCAGCAAGAAGAAAUGCUCCCCUGCCAUCAACUCAGAGAGCCCAAACAAACGGCGUCACCCACCAACAGCCAGCAAGGGCAAGGCACAAGCACAUGAGGCACAGGUGGCCCAACGCUACAGGCGCAACCUGGCCCUCCGCAAGCAGGCCAGCCUGCUCAAGCUGUGGCAGAAGAUCGACGGGGCUCAGAUCGGCCGGCAGACGGGCAGCAAGCGCUUCCACUACAUUUUCUCCACGUACUCCUGGUCCUGGAACGCAUGCAGAGAGCUGGUGACAGCCGAGGAGCUGCAGGCACAGGACUGCCGGUAUCGCCGCUUCCCGCUGGCCACCAGGCAGCCACCGUGGAAGAAGUGGCUGUUUUAGGGCACUGGCAGAGGCAGGUGGAUGCUGGAUGGGGGCUGUUUUGGAUCGGACCUGCUGUCACCCUUCCUCCUGGCGUUCAAAAUGUGAAAUAAAAGCUGGGAAAGGUGGGAUUAUUGUUGUUAUCCUGUCCAGCACAGGGAGGUAGUUGGCCAAGGGAGGGGACUGCAUUGUUCUGUGGUACAGCACCGGGCACUGGUUGUACACUUCACUUUAAGGACUCUUAGGGAGUCCGGAGGAAGGCUACAGAGACACGAAGGGGCUGAGCUCCGUGACAGCGACAGAGCCCGAAGGAACGGCACGGAGAUGUCAGGAGAGGGGAGCGGCUGGGGGUGAGGGAGGGCUCAGUCCCAGAGGGCGCGGCCCCGACCCGCUGGAGCUCAGGGAGUGAUGGGACACCGCUCUCAGCCACUGGGUUCGGGUAGUCGGACACCGAUCCUCGCGGGUGCCGCUCUGUGUAGAAUCUGAGAUUCCACAGCACUGAGGGAACCGCCACGGCUCAGCCCUCCCCGGCUUCC